AUGACUAGGGCAAAUCCUGGGUUUGUGCAUCCAUUAAUUUCUGAAAUAGAUAGAGAGUUUCAUAGGUUAAUUAGAGCACGUAGAGCUUUUGUAAUUGAUCCUCAUUCAAGUGAUUCUGAUUCUGACCUUGAUUUUGAUUCUGAUUUUGUUGCAGUUUUUGAUAACAUGGCUGAAGAAGGACCGCGAGAAAGAACAUUAAGGGAGCUGGCUGCACCUGAUUUCACCUACGAAAGCUUGUGUAUCCAGUAUCCUGAGGAUGUACCAUGUGUGCUCAAAACUGGACUAAUCCAUUUAUUGCCUAAGUUUGGUGGUCUUGCAGGUGAAGAUCCUCAUAUGCAUAUCAAGGAGUUUCGUACUGUCAUAUCCACCAUGAAGCCUCCUGAAGUUGACAAAGAUCAUAUCUGUUUGAAGGCUUUUCCUCAUUCUCUUCAGGGAACUGCAAAGACUUGGCUGUAUAACCUGCCUCCUUCAUCCAUUGCAAGCUGGGACGACCUGAAAAGAAAGUUUCUUGAGAAGUUCUUCCCUGCCUCUAGGACAACUUCAAUCAGAAAAGACAUCUCAGGAAUCAGACAGCUACAUGGAGAGACUCUACAUGAAUACUGGGAAAGAUUCAAGACACUAUGUGUGAGCUGCCCCUAUCACCAGAUUUCCGAGCAGCUCCUAGUUCAGUAUUUCUAUGAGGGUUUGCUCAACAUGGAAAGACAUCUCAUUGAUGCUGCUUGUGGAGGUGCAUUGAAUGACAUGACUCCUACUGAAGCCAUGCAGUUGUUUGAGAAGAUGGCUGCUAAUUCUCAGCAGUUUCACACAAGGAGUAAUGAUGCUGUUAAAACUGUUAAUGAGAUUGGGACAGAUCCAAGGAUGGACAAGCUUGAGAAGAGGAUGGAAACCAUUGCCAGCUUGGUUACUCAAUUGGCCAUGAACCAGAAUAAACCUUCACAACAGGCAAAGGUUUGUGGCAUUUGCACUAAAGACCAUAAUACUGAUGUUUGUCCUUCUCUGCAGGAACCUACAGAUGAGAAUCCUGAAGCAUAUGCUGCCAACAUUUUCAAUAAUCGACCUCAGCAAAAUUGUGAUCUGUCAUCUAACAGAUAUAACCCUGGCUGGAGAAAUCAUCCAAAUCUUAGAUGGCAAUCUAAAGAAUCUUCAUUGGAGGAUAUGUUGAAGCAGAUGACAGCCCAAAACAUGCAGUUCCAACAAGACACCAGAUCCUCUAUUCAGAAUCUGACCACCCAGAUAGGACAGAUGGCUACUUCAAUAAACCAGCUACAGUCCCAGAAUUCUGAUAAGCUGCCCUCUCAGACGGUUGUCAAUCCAAGAAAUGUGAGUGCCAUCACCUUACGGUCGGGGAGGCAAAUUGAUGCAGAUCAUGGACCAGAGCCAGAACCUGAACCUGAAAAGGAGAUAGAGACCACUGCCACAAGAACCUUCCAAGUACAACCACCUUCCAUUCCUCUUCCAUUCCCUCCGAAAGCUAUGCCAAGCAAGAAGAAGGAAGAGGUAGAUAAGGGAAUCUUGGAGAUAUUCAAGAAAGUGGAGGUGAACAUACCUCUACUUGAUGCACUCAAGCAAAUUCCAAGAUAUGCAAAGUUUCUGAAAGAAUUAUGCACUCAGAAAAGGAAGCUGAAAGGAAAUGAAAGAGUUCGCAUGGGGAGAAACGUUUCUGCAAUCAUAGGUAAAGCUGGUAAACCUGCUCCUGUUUCUGAUGUUCCUGAAAAGUGUGAGGAUCCAGGUAUGUUUUCUGUUCCUUGUGUCAUAGGUGAUACUAAAUUUGAAAAUGCCAUGCUAGAUCUAGGAGCUUCAAUUAAUGUGAUGCCUAUGUCUAUUUUUAAAUCACUUUCACUUGGACCUUUGAAACCUACGGGUGUUGUCAUCCAAUUAGCAAAUAGGAGCACGACACACCCUGCUGGAUGGGUAGAGGAUGUUUUGGUUAGGGUUGGUGAACUUGUUUUCCCUGCUGAUUUUUAUGUGCUUGAAAUGGAAAAAGGAUCUUCCCGUAAUACAGUUCCUAUCAUUUUGGGGAGACCAUUUUUAAAGACAGCCCGAACCAAGAUAGAUGUUUAUGCUGGUACACUGACUAUGGAAUUCGGUGAUAUUGUGGUUAGGAUAAACAUUUUUGAUGCUAUGAAACAUCCACCUGAAGACUAUUAUGUGUUUCAUAUUGAUUUGCUUGAUGAACUGCUUGAUGAUAUGCUUGAUGAACAUGAAUCUGAUUUCCUACAUGAUUCUGAUUUUCCUUCACUAACUGGGUCAUACACUUGUCAUACAUGUACUGCUACUGAAAUGUGUGAUUCUUGCAUUGAUCAAUUUUUGGACACUGUUGUUGACUCAGAUGUUAAGAAAUCUGAUUGCACUAACCCAGUUGUUGAAGUGCAGGCUGCAGAAACUGUAUCUGCUAGUUUGGUUCCAUCUGUUUUGCAGGCACCCGUAGUGGAGCUUAAGCCCUUGCCAGAUAACCUCAAGUACGCUUACUUGGAGGAUGAUAAGAAGCUCCCUGUCAUUGUUUCCUCUCUCCUUCGUGAAAAUCAAGAGGAAAAGUUGCUGCAAGUACUAAAGAAGCACAAGAAAGCUAUUGGCCGGACCUUAGCUGACAUUCCUGGUAUUAGUCCAUCCAUGUGCAUGCAUAGAAUACUCUUGGAAGAAGGAGCGAAGCCAGUAAGACAACCACAAAGGAGACUCAACCCAGUGAUACUUGAUGCUGUGAAGAAGGAGAUCACCAAGCUUCUACAAGCUGGCAUUAUAUAUCCAAUCUCUGACAGCCCUUGGGUAAGCCCAGUUCAAGUGGUCCCUAAGAAGACAGGACUUACUGUAGUGAAGAAUGAGAGGAACGAGCUUAUCCCUACUCGAGUGCAAAAUAGUUGGAGAGUCUGCAUUGAUUAUAGGAGGUUCAAUCAAGCAACUCGAAAGGAUCACUUUCCUUUGCCCUUCAUUGAUCAAAUGCUUGAGCGCUUAGCAGGUAAAAGUCACUACUGUUUUCUUGAUGGUUUUUCUGGGUACUUUCAAAUUCACAUUGCUCCUGAGGACCAAGAAAAGACCACAUUCACUUGUCCCCUUGGCACUUUUGCCUAUAGGAGGAUGCCCUUUGGCCUAUGCAAUGCCCCUGGUACAUUCCAGCGGUGCAUGGUAAGUAUUUUCAGUGAUUUCUUAGAGAGUUGCAUCGAGGUCUUUAUGGAUGAUUUCACUGUUUACGGAUCUUCAUUUGAUACAUGUUUAGAUAAUCUGGAUAAAGUGGAUCCUGCCAAGAUAGAUGUUAUUUCCCAUUUGCCUUACCCCUCUUGCGUGCGAGAGGUGCGUUCUUUUCUUGGCCAUGCAGGUUUUUAUCGCAGGUUCAUUCAGGAUUUCAGCAAGAGAGCCCUUCCUCUUUCUAACUUGCUGCAGAAGGAAGUGGCGUUUGAUUUUGAUGAGAAAUGCAGAGAGGCAUUCGAUUGCCUCAAGAAAGCCUUGACCACCACUCCUAUCAUUCAGGCACCGGAUUGGACAGCCCCUUUUGAGCUUAUGUGUGAUGCCUCUAAUUACGCAUUGGGUGCUGUCCUUGCUCAAAAAGUAGAUAAGUUGCCUAGGGUAAUAUAUUAUGCAUCUAGAACUUUAGAUUCUGCACAAGCGAAUUACACAACCACUGAAAAAGAACUUCUAGCUAUUGUGUUUGCUCUAGAUAAAUUUCGAUCAUAUUUGCUAGGUUCUAGAAUUAUUGUGUACACUGACCAUGCAGCUCUAAAGUUCCUGUUGAAGAAGGCUGAAUCAAAACCUAGGUUGAUCCGAUGGAUGCUCUUACUCCAAGAGUUUGACUUGGAGAUUAGAGAUAGAAGUGGAGCACAGAAUUUGGUGGCCGACCACUUGAGUCGGAUAGAGAGGGAUGCUGAUACUCUUCCCAUUAGAGAUGACUUUCCGGAUGAGUGGCUCUUUAAUAUUUCAGUUUCUUUUCCAGCACCCUGGUUUGCUAAUAUUGUUAAUUAUUUAGUUGCUUCUGUUUUCCCUCCAUUUGCUUCUAGAGCUCAGAUUGCUAAGCUCAAGAGUGAUGCUAAAUAUUAUUGUUGGGAUGACCCCUAUUUGUGGAAGUUUUGUACUGACCAGGUUAUUAGGAGGUGCAUUCCAGAUCAUGAGAUUGACACCUGUGAGCCAUGUCAGAGAGCAGGCGGUACCAUUUCUUGGAGAAAAGAGAUGCCUCAACAACCCAUGUUGUUUUGUGAGGUCUUUGAUGUAUGGGGUAUCGAUUUUAUGGGUCCUUUUCCUGUUUCUUUUGGUUUUUAUUAUAUUUUGCUUGCUGUUGAUUAUGUUUCUAAAUGGGUGGAAGCUAAGGCCACCCGGACUAAUGAUUCUCGAGUUGUUGUGGAUUUUGUUAGAUCUAACAUCUUUUGCAGGUUUGGCAUUCCUAGAGCAAUCAUUAGUGACCAAGGCACCCAUUUCUGCAAUAGGUCCAUGCAAGCUCUUCUCAAGAAAUAUGGGGUUGUUCAUAGAAUUUCCACACCAUACCAUCCUCAAACAAAUGGGCAAGCUGAGAAUUCCAACAGAGAGAUAAAGAGGAUCUUGGAGAAGACUGUCCAGCCUAACAGGAAGGAUUGGAGCAAUAGACUUGAGGAUGCUCUUUGGGCCCACCGCACUGCUUACAAAGCACCCAUCGGAAUGUCCCCUUACCGCGUUGUUUUUGGUAAGGCAUGUCAUCUCCCUGUUGAGAUAGAGCAUCAUGCUUAUUGGGCUGUGAAGACUUGCAACUUGGCUCUUGAUCAAGCUGGUGGCGAAAGGAAGCUUCAAUUGAGUGAGUUAGAUGAGAUCCGCUUAGAAGCCUAUGAAAACUCUAAGCUCUACAAAGAGAAGACCAAAAUAUUCCAUGAUAGCUUGAUUUCCAGAAAAGACUUUUUGGUUGGACAACAAGUGUUGUUGUAUAACUCUAGGCUUGGCCUAAUGAGCGGUAAGCUUCGUUCUAAGUGGAUUGGUCCUUUUGUUGUUACUAAUGUGUUUCCUUAUGGUACUGUAGAGAUCAAAAGUGAAUCCACAGAUAAGAGCUUCAAAGUUAAUGGUCAUCGCCUCAAGCAUUUCCUCACUAAUCCUUCUCUUGUGGAUGGUACCAUGGACGAUGUUUCCUUGGUUGUUUCCACCCUCCGCCCGCCAUGA